CUGUACUGCAAAUUCUGCAACUUUAUCCUAUCUUCUUCUUCUCCAAAUUCUCGUCUCUUCUUUCUCUCUACAAAAAUGUCUUCAACUCUCUCCACUGCAUCUCUCCGAUCCCCGUCUUCUUCUUUAUCCUCAUACCCAUCAAAUUUCUCCCAUUCCCUCAAACCCACUCCUCUCAAUUUCCCCUUUUCAUUCUCCUCCACUAAUCUCUCUCUUCGCCUCGUUCAUCACCGCCCAAUCUCCGCCGUCGCGGUGCCGGAGAAAGUUUCAGAAAUCGGCGAUGUCAUCUCCCAAUUGACUCUGGAAGAGGCUCGAACUCUUGUUGAUUACCUCCAAGAGAAACUCGGCGUUUCUGCCGCCUCCUUCGCCCCUGCCGUCGUCGCCGUCGCUCCCGGCGCUGCUGCCGGAGGUGACGAUGCGGCCGCUGCUGUCGAGGAGAAAACGGAGUUCGAUGUUGUUAUUGAGGAAGUGCCGAGUAAUGCGAGGAUUGCGGUGAUUAAGGCUGUUAGGGCUUUGACGAGUUUGGCGUUGAAGGAAGCGAAAGAAUUGAUUGAAGGUUUGCCGAAGAAGUUUAAAGAAGGAAUUUCGAAGGAAGAGGCGGAAGAUGCGAAGAAGCAGCUUGAAGAAGCUGGUGCAAAGAUUGCUAUUGUUUGAUUUAGCUGGUUAGUUUCUUCAAUUCUUAAGGUUUACAAUGUAGGCAUUCUGGUGGAAUUAGAGAUGGGGUUAUUUUUUAUUUAUCAUUAACUGAUGAAGAAUUUAGUUGAUAUUCUGUUAAUGAAUGCCUUAUUGUUCCUGUAUUUUUGUGUGCUCGAUUCUCAAGUGCUGUAUAUGUGUUUGCAUGCUCUGUUCUCUUGUUUUUUCUUGCUCAUUAUGUGUCUGUUAAAAUGCCAACAAGAAUUUAGUUGAUAUUCUGUUAAUGAAUGCCUUAUUGCUCCUGAA